AUGAGCCAGAGGAAAGGUCUAAACGUCCCGCAGAUAUCAAGACAAAGUGCUCUCGACCGCAUCUUCUCUGAGCUGGAGAGGUUUCUCGAGAUCGACGAGAAGAGCGCAUCAUCGGCUCUACAGCAGUUGGCUGGGAAAGUGGAUCCUCAGGCUGUUGAGCCAGUUGAAGCCGUUAGUGUUGUUACAGAUGAGUGCUUCAAAUACUUGGAUCAGAUUCAGCGGGCUUCGCUUGAGAAGCAAAAACAGCAGAGGGAAUCUGGUGACCCUGAGAAGGUGAACCUCAUCACGAUAUCGCUUCAUGAUAUGAAGUUCUUCACAACGCUGAUUAACGUUCUGAUCGUACAAUGUGUGUACCCACUGCUACCUAAAGGUGUUGGUAUCCCAUUAGAACAGAGAAGAAUCAAAUCUUUUGCCAAAAGGUUGAAACUGUUCCAGUUCUCGACUGUCCAGGGCGACCUUCAUCCGUUAAUGGAGCGGAUUGUCAGUCGUUUCUCGAGUGUAUUUGAGCUUGGCGGUGAUGUUAAGGAUUUAUUGAUUAAAGGAAGCGGACUGACAGAUAUCCUGACGCUGCUCAUGGUUCUCAUGGUCGAAGAUGACCCUUCAUGGAUUGAGAAAUUUGAAGUAUUUGAAUCAAAAUGUGAUGCGUACGACCUGUUUGGGAUCUAUACAGCAUUGCUACAAACAACAAGAGUUGUUUCUUAUCAACAGUUCAUCUCCUCAAGGUUGAACUCUGUCACCAUAAAUAGACCAAAUGGUGUAUCCAGUCUCAUUGACUUCAUCGUUGGAAUUCGAGAAGAUGAGGAGAUCAACGUUGAGAACUUUGGCCAUGUGAACAAGAUUCUAAUGUCAAAACCAAGGGAAAUUCCGUCAGUCGAAUACUUUCAAAAGCUGUUCUCACAAUUGUACAACAUCCUGGUAUACGUUAAUAGGCCAGUGUUAGUGUCUGUUGUGGUAAAUUUCAUCAGAGUGCUAUAUUCCAAGAACAAGAGAAUUGUACAGGAUUUCUUGUUCAAGAGAAUUUGGAGUACGUGGAACCCAACACCGGAUAAGCAGCAAAGUGGCGUUCUGGUAUCAGAGAAAGAGCUCAACGAUUCCACCAAUGUUCUGAUUUCAUUGUCGAAGGAAUCGGAACCAGAAUUCUUGAAUGACUUGUUCUCACAACUCAUACUGUCGCUCUGGUCCUACUACUUCUAUUUGAAGAAGAAUAAACUGGAAUACUCAUCUAUCGUAUCGAAUAUUCUGGUUUCCUUCUUCACAGUCACUUCAAAUAAUACGUUUUUGGAGAACAUUGUGUUGAACCUCGUCAACUCUCAUGGUGAUGGAUGGCAUUUCCAAACAACGUUGGAGAACAAACUCACUUCAAUAGUAAAGUCAAGCGUCUUAGAUGAUGAACUGACUAAUUACCAAAUAUUGGAAGACAUAGACACCGGAUUGGACACUGUAUGCGAAUUGUUGAAGGAUUUGGACAAUGAUAUUGUACGUACUCAGUUCCUCGUUGUACUGAACAGAUGGAUCUUGAAACAGGGAAAGAUGGGCACGUCUUUGGAAGAAGAAAACCCGUUCAUUGCUCUCAUUGAUCUCAAAUUCUUGGAAAGAGUCAAUAAAGAGUUUAAAGAGUCGAUAACUGAGUCUCCAAGUGAUAUAUUGCAGGUUAUCAAAAACUUGCUCUCCGUCAAGUUUGAUACAGAAGCUGACUCCCAAGAUGUGGAUUCAGAUGACGAGGACGAAGAAGAUACUCAAACAAGUCACUUCACCGUUCUCCUCGAAUUGUUAUCUGCCAUCAUAUCUGAAACACCACCACAAGCUCUUCUGAAAGAUGAGGAAACAUUGAAACAGAUUUCACAGUUACUUACUCAGUACAAUGCGGAUAAAUACUGUGCUGCACUCAAGCAGCGUAUUGACGAUUUCCUGACGGGAGAUCAUGAGGUUCAACAAGAGGAUGAGUUAACUGCUGAUAAGGAACUAUUCAAGAAGGCUAUCAACAACAUGAAUGAUCCCCUGAUUCCGAUCAGAGCACAUGGAAUGUACUUGCUUAGACAACUGAUCAUGAAGAAGUCGAAAGUAUUGUCUCUAGAUUUUGUGCUUGAACUACACAUUGUUCAGUUGCACGAUAAUGAACCGUUCAUAUACCUUAAUGUGAUCAAAUCCUUGAACGAGCUUGUGGAAUUCGACAAGGUAGGUACAGUUCAGUUCUUAGUGAAGACUUACCUCAACAAAGAUGAAACUCUUGACGAUAGGCUGAAGAUUGGUGAGGUUUUGAUGAAUUUCAUAGAUCGUCAAGGUGAGCUGUUAACCACCGGUGAACUUGUUGAUAGUGUGAUCGGUGCUACAUUGACUGUCAUAAACAACUUUGAUGAAGAUGAAAAGUUGAGAAUGUCUGCAAUGUCUCUUCUCGGUGAGUCCUUGAGGGUGAAUGCUCUGGGUUUGAAUAAAUUUGUGAAGGAUGCACUGGACUGUGCCCUGGGUGUGUUGGAAAUGGAGAAGACUGACACUAUGAAGAGAGCUGCCGUGGUUUUGAUUGCUGACCUCAUCUCCUUUGGAGGACUGGACGUCGUUCCUCGAGGUUACGGUGCCAAACUUUGGAGGACAUUGGAGUAUGAGGAUGCUAAGGCUACGGACUACUUACUGGUGGAGCAGAUUCAAAAGGUCAAGUCAACAAUUGACGAACUAAAGAAGGAGAAGUUUACCACUACAAUGCCAUCAACGUUCAACAAGUUAAGAAUUUCAGAUUGA